AUGUCUAGAUAAAAGGAAAGAGAAGAUUUAUUUGAAGAUCCUUUUGACUCUCCAUUACGCUACAAUCAUCCCUAAUUUGGCCCUUCAAAUGGGUUAUGUAGUCCAUGUCACUACAUUAGAUCUAGUAUCAGAUCAAAAUCAAUCUUUCUUAAAAAAAGCCCUUAAAAUCAAUAGAAUAACACUACUAAAAAAACAAAAGUAAAUAAAAGUUAUAUUAAUGAUUUUGAUGGACAGAUAUAGAUUCAAUAAUAUAUUUUCAGCAACAAUAAUAAAAGUAAAUCAAUACAUGAGUCUUUAAGCUCAUUAUUUAAAGAGGUAUAGUUGUCAUUUAAUUGAAAUAGAAUAAAAUCGAUGCUAGAUAUGAGGAACCUAAAGAAGAGAGUUCUUUGGUCAAUUAUUUACAAGCAAUUUAAUAAUUGAUGUAGGAACUAGAAUCUAACGUAGGGAAUUUAGAAAGAAAAUUAAAUUUGAAUCAGCAGAGAAUAUAAGAACCCAUCAUAUAAUGCAAUAAUCAUUAGUUAGUUUAUAUCAAUCAGAAUGUUUAAGGAUUGGUUGGAAGAAUUUAGUACAUUUUAAUGCAAAAAAAUUUAUUACCUGAUCGACCAUAACCUAAUCCUGAUGAAAAUCAGAUCUAACUGAACUUUAACAGGGAUUUGAAAAAAUACAAGUGUCAGUUCUGUCCAUUAAGAUUUAUUAAAGCUUGUUCUUUGGGGUAUUAAUUUAAUAUAUAUUGAAAGAGGUCAUAUAUCGAGAGUCCAUAAAGAAGAAUCUAAAUAAUCAAAAUCCACUAUACCAGCAAAGAAAAAUAAACAUAUAAAAAAAGAGAAGAAAAAUUAGUCCAAAUGAAAUGAUCAAAC